AUGCCCGAGAAUAACCCAUCUCUCGCUGACGCCGAAGAGGAUGAGCUGGCGUCCUUUCUUCCAGUUCUUGCUGUCCUUGGAUUGGAUUCGGUUCCUGGAAUGGCCACCAAGAUCUGGGACAGCAAACAUCCCAGAGACCGUCUGGCGCGCCCACCCGUUGUCGAAGCGCCACUCCAUGGGUCCUUCAAUAUCCUAUUCCCAGUCGAAUUUAGAGAUCGAGGAAUAGCAUGGCUUCUUAAAAUCCCUAUCAACGGGACACCUGGGCAUUGGAACACCCUAUGCGCCGACGAGCUGGAAUCAGAAGCCCGGACGAUGCAGCUCAUCCGGGAGCACACCACGAUUCCCAUCCCCGACGUCUUGGGGUUCUGCAAAACCGCCGACAACCCUCUCCGCUGUCCGCACAUGUGGCUUUCGUUCAUACCCGGGAUCUCCUUGUACGACUUCUGGUUUGUCGAGUGCCCGGGCAUGUCCGAAGAGGAUUACCACCGCCGCCGGACCCACGUUCUCAAGGACGUGGCGUCAGCCAUGGUUCAGCUCAGUCAGUUCUCGUUCAGAGAGGGCGGCCGCCUGACGUUUAGCGAUGGUCGACCGCUUGGUGUUGGUCGCCACCGUGAGCUGGACAUUGACGCAUUUGCCCAGCGCCUGGAGCAGGACAAUCCCGACUACAUGCCUGUCUACUUCCCAAGCGGGCCUUACAAGACAGCCAGAGAGUUUUAUACCAAUGCACUCGACAGGCAGAACCUUGACUCGUCGGAAUUUCUUCUUGGCCAGAGACGACUCCUGCAGUUCUUUGUCGUCUGCGUAGACGACUUUUUCGCGGCCGAUGCUCACUCCUUUGAACUCACCCAUCCGGAUUUUGACCUCCAGAACUUCCUUGUCUCGCCACAGGGGGACCUUGUUGGCAUUAUCGACUGGGACGGCGUCGGCGCCUGGCCCAGGUCUUUAGGCAAUCUUAGAUACCCCGGCUGGUUGAUUCGAGACUGGGAUCCAGGUAUGUACGAAUACGGGUCUGACGGAGUUCUCGAGGAUCCCGCAAUGGGAGGGUAUUUUCCACAGACGCUGGCCCAUUAUCGUAAGGUCUAUCAAAACGCUAUACGAGAUACCUUGGGCGAGCAAAAGAUCCAAGGAGAUAGCCGAACGUAUCACACAAGCGCUACACUCAUAACUGAGAUCCUUCAUACCGCAGCUAGCAACCAAAAGGACAGGAGUAUGAUCCUGAGGAAAAUCGUCCAGGAGAUAGCCGGGCUUGUCAAGGUUCCUUGCAGCGAUAAGGAUCUUCUUUACAUGGAGCUAUGCCACUCUUUGGGUGAAGGCGAACCGAGCAAAGGGGCAUUGGAGGCUCUAAGAACGGGCUUGACAAUGUUGCUGCAGAACGAGUCUCUAUAG